CUCGGCUCAAUCCGACAACCACCCAACCACCACCACCACACACCGUUACACCUCCAUCUCACAUCCUCCACAUCACACACCUUGGCCCCCUUCCCAUCACUUCGUCUGCAUUAACAAACACCCACCACGCACCGCCAUCAUGGCAUCAUCCCCGCCGCCAGACCGGCUGGCGCUCCCACCCCUCCCAGAGAGCGAAGGCAGCUCAUUCCUCGGCCUCGAUAGCGGCAACACGCCCGGCACGCCGACGCCGUUCUCAUCAGCCGCUGCGCAGCUCGGGCGGGGCGGCCAGCGGUCCAUGCUGGGAAUCACGUCGGGUACCGGCCGGCAGGACGACCCGCUGGCCACGCCCGUCGCCGCCGCGCCGUCGUCUGCAGCGCGCCGCGUGAGCAACGUCCGCCCGUCCUUCUCCACCGCACGCGGCUCGAUUCGAACCACGCGCCGCGUGUCACGCCUGCACCACCAUCAUGGCCUCGACGACGAAGACGACGAGCAGCCAAAGCUUCCAACCUUAGUCCCCGGUAUCCGUCCGGCCUACUCCACCCCCCUGCCCACUCUCCCGCUCGUCGUCCUCUGCAUUGGCAUGAUCUCCGAGCUCCUGGCCGCAAACCUGUCCCAACCUUUCAUGAUCAAGAUGGUCAAGAACUUCUUGUUGAGCUCGGGGCACGAAGGCGACUUGGAGGAGUCGGCAGGCAAAUGGACCGGCAACCUCGUGUCCGUGUUCUACAUCACCCAGUUCUUCACCUCUCUGCUGUGGAGCGGCAUCGCAGACCGCCAUGGUCGUCGUGCCGUCCUCGUAGCGAGCAUGGCAGUGAGUGGCGCUGGCCCAGGCAGCGCCAUUGCACUUGUCAUGUUCGGCACUUCGACCUCGCUUCCUGAAGCGAUCUGUGUGCGACUGAUCCAGGGCAUCUUUGGUGGCUCCAUCGGCGUGUUCCGUGGCUCUAUCCGCGACAUUACCGAUGAGACAAAUGCCAGCCGUGCCUACAGUAUCCUUGGAUACAUGUGGGGUAUGGGUGGUGUGAUCGGACCGAUCCUUGGUGGUGUGUUUGAGAGCCCGGCGACAAACUUCCCAGGCACUUUCCUCGGACGCGUUGCUCUGUUCGAGCACAAGCCCUACCUCCUCCCAACGCUCAUGGGCUCGUCGGUGCUCUUCAUCGGCGCGAUCCUGGCGUGCUUCCUCUCGUGGGACGGCGGUGUUCGUGGCGGAUCGCGUAUCCAGCUCGAGGUCGAGAAGGACGAGCCUUUGGUGCCCUCACGGACCGACACCCAGUCGCCGACGCGCGAGGGUGGUCGCGUUGCGUCGCUGCGUAUCAAGCCCAGCCGCGUCUUCUCGUCCCACGAGGAGGAGGCCGGGCCAACGGGCCAGUCCCUUCUCAGCACUUCCAUGAAGCUCCGCCGCGAGAGCCUGGCGAGUCUGGGCACGGCCUACGGCUACGGUGGUAUCCGUUCCAAGCACCCUACGCUCGCUGCCCGCCGCGCCAUGCAGCAGGCUCGCCGCGCGUCGCAGUCGUCCGCUCGUGACGGCGACGAGGAUGGUGACGGUGCCGACCCGCGCCGCGUGAGCCUUGCGACAAAGUUCCUCCUUGCCGCCGACGAAAACACGUUCAACAUCAACGACCUCUGGCUUUCCGCCGCUGUUGCCCAGGAGACCAACGUCUUUGACGACGAUGACGACGAGUACUCUGAGGACGAGGGCGACAGAUCGGACGUGAUUGACGACGACGAGAUCUCACUUGCCCAGACCGAUAAUGGUGAGAACGCGACGCCAAUGCAGUCUUCGCCUUCGUCCCCAGGCUACCACAACCGCCACACCUCGUCGUCCUAUCGCCGCCCGAGGGUAGCCUCUGGAGGUAGCGAGCUGCAGCGCGCGCUUCGCAGACCCUCGACGGCAUCCCGCCGCCACUCUGGCUCGGGACCUGUACCGGCCAUCUUUGCCAACACUGGUCUGAGUCUGACCUCGACUCCUGGCCUCGCCGCGUUCGAGGACAAUGACUCGGCAUUCGACCCCUUCUCGCCUCCCGGGACCGUCCGCCGUGUUGGUGCCCCCGCCCCCCUCACGGCAAUCCAAGAAGCCCGCGUGCCGACUCCUGUUGCGAGCCCCGGGGCCUCCAUCACGGAGAAGCCCGAGUCACGCUGGAAGCUGCUGCCACUGCUCGUCAUCUGCCAGUACGGCAUGCUGUCGUGCCACGAGUCGAUUCACAGUCAGCUCUUCCUGUCCUUCAUCCUGACCGACUACAAGUCUGGUGGCGUGGGUAUCAACCCCGCGCACUACUCGGUGCUCGUCGCUCUCAUGUGUGUUGGGCAGCUCGUCUGGCAGUUCUACCUGUUCCCCAGACUGGGCCCUCCCCUCGGCCGGUUCAACCACCUGCAAAUGUUCCGCCUCGGCAGCGCCCUCUACAUCCCCGGCUACCUCCUCGUCCCGCUCCUGCACAGCGUCGCGUCGCCCGACUCUGAAGGCGGCUUCUUUGUCAUGACGAUGAUGUCGCUCAUCUCUGCGCUCCGUUACUGCGGAAGCACGUUUGCGUACACGUCGAUCAUGAUUCUGAUCAACGCCAUGACGCCACCUCAUCUCAUUGGCGUGGCGAAUGGUCUUGCCCAGUCGGUCGUGUCGUGCGCGCGUUUCAUGGGACCGGCCAUUGGUGGCAGCCUGUGGGGUGCAAGCAUCAAGGACAACCCGUCUGGGUACCCCAAGGGCUUCUACGUUGUCGGCGUGCUCGCGGUCGUGCAGUUGUUCGGCUCGUUGUUCAUCCACUAGGCGUCCCCCACCCCUCUCUCCCACCCACUUCAUUCACCACGCGCGUCGCCACUCGACGUACACCUCCCGACGUAUAAUCGCAUCUAUCACCUUCUUGACCUGUACUUCCAUAACCUCACACGGUCGCCACGGCGCCACGACUCCAUACACCCAGUCUGCCUACACCCUGUCUUCUUCACCCCACGUAUGUUCCCUACCAUAUCAUCUUCACGCACAUGAGCUUGUGAAUGCAUGGUUGUUGCGAAG